AUGGAAGUGAAUCAUGAGGUUUCACAACCACUCAUGUCAAUUUUUACUGGUGAAAAGUAUGAGUUUUGGAGUAUCAAAAUGAAAACUCUUUUCAAAUCACAAGGAGUUUGGGAGCUGGUGCAAGUAGACUUUGUGGAUCAAGCAGGCUCUGACGAGGAGGCAGAAAAAUUAAAAGGGAUAAAAAAGAAUGACGCCAAAGCAUUGUUACUGAUUCAACAAGCAGUCCAUGACACAAUUUUUGCAAGAAUUGCAGAAGCAACUACAUCUUCGGAGGCAUGGAAGAUUUUGAAGAAGGAAUUUCAAGGUUCAGCCAGGAUGAUUACGGUAAAAUUGCAGACUUAUCGUCAUGACUUUGAAACUCUUUUUAUGAAAAGUAAUGAAUCUGUUCAGACUUAUUUGUCUAGAGUUUCUUCUCUUGUUAAUCAAAUAAAGUCUUAUGGUGAAGAUAUAUCUGAGGAAACUAUUGUAGCAAAAGUUUUAAGGAGUCUUACUCCAAAGUUUGAACAUAUUGCUGCGAUAGAGGAAUCUCAUAACUUAUCUGAUUAUACUUUUGUUGAACUAAUAAGUUCUUUGCAAGCUCAUGAAGUGAGGAUCCUAAGGUCACAUGAGAAAAAUGAAGAGAAGGCAUUUCAGGUGAAGGGGGAGUCCACUCCUAAAAAGGAUAAGUUUGAAAACUUUGCAAAUCGUGGCCAAGGCAGAGAUGGCUUUCGAGGAAGAGGUCGUGGAAGAGGCCAAGAAAGGAGUAAGGAUAGAGGAGGAUCAAAUGAAGAGAAGCAUAACAGAACGUUUCUACGUAACUACUGCAGAAAACCAGGUCAUAAAGAAGCUUAUUGCUGGCAAAAGCAAAAGGAUGAAAAUAGCCAAGCAAGCUUUGCGGAGAUAAAUGAUGGUGAAAAAGUUUCAAUGGUCGAGAAAUGUGCGAUUGUAGCUACUGGUGAUAAUGAAACUAGACUAUGGCAUCUACGUUAUGGGCAUUUAAAUGUUAAUGGGUUAAAGUUAUUGAUUAAAAAGGAAAUGGUUUUUGGAUUGCCAAAAGUUGAGAAUCUUGAUUUUUGUGAAAGUUGUGUUUAUGGAAAACAAAGUAAAAAGGUUUUUCCUAUAGGAAAGUCUUGGAGAGCUUCUAAAUUUAAAUCUUUUGUUGAGAGGCAAAGUGGAUGUAGGCUCAAAACUCUUUGGACAAAUAGAGGUGGUGAGUUUAUUUCUAAAGAAUUCAGUUCCUUUUGUGAAGAAAAUAAAAUACAUCGGGAGCUCACAACACCUUUUACAUCAGAGCAGAAUGGUGUAGCCGAACGAAAGAAUCGCACAAUUGUUGAGAUGGGCAGAAGAAUGAUGGAAGGGAGAAGUUUACCAAAAUGUUUUUGGGCUGAAGCUGUUGCCACUACGGUCUAUUUUCUGAAUAUUUCCCUCACCAAGGUUGUGAAUAAUCAAACACCAUAUGAAGCUUGGAGAGGUAACAAGCCCAAGGCUUAUAAGUUAUAUAAUCCAGUGAGUGGCAAAAUUACGGUCAAUAGAAAUGUUGUGUUUAAUGAAGAUUCAAGAUGGAACUUUAAUUCUAAAAAUGAAUGUUCAAAUAUUCAAUUAUUGCCUUCUGACAAUAUUGUUGACCAAGAGUAUAUAGCAGAUCAUAGUUUGGCAGAUCCUGGUUUGGCAGAUCCUAUUUUCUUUAAAGAUGCUAAAAGAGAGGAUAAAUGGUGCAAAGCUAUGGAGGAAGAGCUGUUAGCUAUUCAAAAGAAUCAGACUUGA